GAGGGGGAGGGGGAUCUCCGCACGAGACCGAGCGGCCCGGGUCGGAGCUCCCAGACCCGCAGCGGAUCAUGGUGCAGCAGGCGGAGAGCUUGGAAGCGGAGAGCAACCUGCCCCGGGAAGCGCUGGACACGGAGGAGGGCGAAUUCAUGGCUUGCAGCCCGGUGGCCCUGGACGAGAGCGACCCGGACUGGUGCAAGACGGCGUCGGGCCACAUCAAGCGGCCGAUGAACGCGUUCAUGGUGUGGUCCAAGAUCGAGCGCAGGAAGAUCAUGGAGCAGUCUCCGGACAUGCAUAACGCCGAGAUCUCCAAGAGGCUGGGCAAGCGGUGGAAAAUGCUGAAGGACAGCGAGAAGAUCCCGUUCAUCCGGGAGGCGGAGCGGCUGCGGCUCAAGCACAUGGCCGACUACCCCGACUACAAGUACCGGCCCCGGAAAAAGCCCAAAAUGGACCCCUCGGCCAAGCCCAGCGCGAGCCAGAGCCCAGAGAAGAGCGCGGCGGGCGGCGGCGGCGGCGGGGGCGCGGGCGGCGGCACGGGCGGCGCCAAGACCUCCAAGGGCUCGAGCAAGAAAUGCGGCAAGCUCAAGGCCCCCGCGGCCCCCGCGGCCGGCGGCGCCAAGGCGGGCGCGGGCAAGGCGGCCCAGCCCGGGGACUGCGGCGGCGCGGGCGACGACUACGUGCUCGGCAGCCUGCGCGCGAGCGGCGCGGGCGGCGGCGGCGCGGGCAAGACGGUCAAGUGCGUGUUCCUGGACGAGGACGACGACGACGAGGACGACGACGACGAGCUGCAGCUGCGGAUCAAGCAGGAGGCGGACGAGGACGACGACGAGCCGCCGCACGCGCAGCUCCUGCAGCCGCCGGGGCAGCAGCCGCCGCAGCUGCUGAGACGCUACAACGUCGCCAAAGUGCCCGCCAGCCCCACGCUGAGCAGCUCGGCCGAGUCCCCCGAGGGCGCGAGCCUCUACGACGAGGUGCGGGCCGGCGCCACCUCGGGCGCCGUGGGCGGCAGCCGCCUCUACUACAGCUUCAAGAACAUCACCAAGCAGCACCCGCCGCCGCUCGCCCAGCCCGCGCUGUCGCCCGCGUCCUCGCGCUCCGUCUCCACCUCCUCGUCCUCCUCGUCCAGCAGCAGCAGCGGCAGCAGCAGCAGCAGCAGCAGCGGCGGCGAGGACGCCGACGACCUGAUGUUCGACCUGAGCUUGAAUUUCUCCCAGAGCGCGCACAGCGCCAGCGAGCAGCAGCUGGGGGGCGGCGCGGCGGCCGGGAACCUGUCCCUGUCUCUGGUGGAUAAGGAUUUGGAUUCGUUCAGCGAGGGCAGCCUGGGCUCCCACUUCGAGUUCCCCGACUACUGCACGCCCGAGCUGAGCGAGAUGAUCGCGGGGGACUGGCUGGAGGCGAACUUCUCCGACCUGGUGUUCACGUAUUGAGAGGGGCGCCCCGCUUCUGGCUCCUUCUCUCGGCGGGUGCAGAGCAGGGUUCCUUGGGAGGAAGUCGUGGUGGUCAGGAUGAUGAUGAUGGUGUUGAUGGUGGUGGUGGUCGGGUGGAGGGGAGAGAAGAUGCUGAUAUUGAUGAUGUCGUGACACAAAGAAUUUGGAAAAGAUGAUGAAAAUUUUGGUGGAGUUAAAGUGAAAUGAGUAGUUUUUAAACAUUUUUCCUGUCCUUUUUUUGUCCCCCUCCCUUCCUUUAUCGUGUCUCAAGGUAGUUGCAUACCUAGUCUGGAGUUGUGAUUUCCCCACCCCCCUUAAAAUGUGUUUUUGUAAUUACUA